CUGCUGCUGCUGCCGCAGAUCAGAUGGGGUGACGGAGCCGGCCAGGAGGUCCCCACACCGGGCCGCCGGGUUCUUCCAAUUCCGGGCUGCACUCCGAUGCUAACUGGAGGCAACCAGAGUCGGGGGAAGAAGGGGCACCGGGGGGAUAAAGAUGACCGAUGAGGCGCCAACCCUGAACGGCAGUGCAAGAGAAGAGCAGCGUCCCCUGAAGCAGUCCCUGAGCGGAGCGCUGUGCCGAGAGUCCCAGUGGAAGUGCCUGCUACUCACGCUGCUCAUGUUUGGCUGCUUCGGCACGCUGGGUUGGUGUGCUGUGUGCCGUGUCCCCGUCCUCACCACCAGUGACCCCGCUGCCGGCUACCAGUAUGGCCAACGACCCCGCCUGCACCACGACAGCCCCUGCUCCAGCGGCUACGUCUAUAUCCCGCUGGCCUUCCUGGCCAUGCUCUACGUGGUGUACCUGGUGGAAUGCUGGCAUUGCUACUCCAAGACCGCCAUGCUGGCGCAGGCAGAAGUGGGCGAGGUCUACGAGCGUGUUCAGCGGCUCCAGCAAGCCACACCCUGCAUCUGGUGGAAGGCCAUCAGUUACCACUAUGUUCGCCGCACCCGCCAGGUGACACGCUACCGCAACGGGGAUGCCUACACCACCACGCAGGUCUACCAUGAGCGCGUCAACACGCACACGUCCAGCUCAGAGUUCGACUACGGGCGCCACGGGGUGAAAGACGUGUCCAGGCAGCUGCUCGGCCUGCUAGAGCAUCCGGCGGUGCGUCUGCGCUUCACCAAGUGCUUCAGCUUCGCCAACGCCCGUGCCGAAGCCGCCUACCUCACGCAGCGGGCCCGAUUUUUCGGCGACAAUGAAGGCCUUGACGACUACAUGGAGGCCCGCGAGGGUAUGCACCUGAAGAACGUGGAUUUCCGCGAGCACAUGCUGGCCUUCCCAGACCCAGCGCACCCACCGUGGUUCGCCCGGCACCACGUGUUCUGGCUGGCCUCUGCUCUGCUGCUCUCCUGGCCGUUGCGCGUGGUUGCCGAGUAUCGGACGGCGUACGUCCACUACCACGUGGAGAAGCUGUUCGGCGACACCGAGGAACCUCGUGAAACCGGGGAGCUGGGAGAGAACGGCGCGGUAGGCACUGGAGCCAGUGGUCCAAACUCCACUUACCGCACUAUCUCACGGGUCAACACCGUGGACAUGACCGAGCUGGAGUGGCACAUCCGCUGCAACCAGCACAUCGUGCCCAGUUACUCCGAGGCCUUGCUCAUGGAUGUGGCCACCAGCAGCAAUCCCCCUCCUCCGGCGAGCACGGCCACCCCAGGGGCCUUUCGCUCAGGCUACCUUCUUCAGAACUGUCCUCGCUGCCGGCGCUCCUCCAGCAGCUCCUCGCUGCCAUCGCGGAUCAGGGGUAACCUUGCCAUAGGUACAAACAUUAUCAUGAGCGGAACUGUGGUGGGAAUGAGGGCUAACGGAGGCGCGGCCGGAGUGGCAGGUGGCAGACUUGUGCUGAGUCGGAGUGGCUUUUCACUGGGGCGGCUCCAGGCUUCCCGGCCCACCUGCCUGUUCCACUCGCACAGCAUCGGCGGUGGCAUUGGAGGGAGGGGUGACGAAACCGGUGGGGGGUUUCUGGGCCUCGGGGCACGGCAGGAUGAGGAAAGCAGGAGAGUUCUGGAAAGAGCAGGGGAAGAGGAAGAAGAGGAGGAGCAGGAAGGGAGAGAGGAGGAAGAGAGAGAGGAGAGAGAAGGGGAGGAAGAGAAUGGGGAGAGGGACAGACCACCUGCCUAUCAAGACGCUUUCAUGUUCCCAGUGCUCAUUGUACACGGAGAGGAGAGCUGCCAUGGUGGGGAGAUAUGAUAGCGGGAGGAAGACAAGGAGAAACAGACAUGUCAGCACAGAGGAGACGGGAGUAAAACUCAUCCAGUGAGGUGGGAACCCAUAAGAAAUAGUUUAGGUGGAAACAGAUGAAUAAUCAGAAGUGAAAGGUGGUUGUAGGCGGAGAGCAGAUCGGUAGACUGGGAAAGAAAAAGAAGAAUAGCAUGAGCAGAUGUGUUCUUCCUGUCUGCCUGUCUUCCAAAGAACAAUCCGCUUGAUCAAACUGCUCUGAAGACUCACAAUUAACGCGCAACUCGAAGGGAACCUGCGGCGCAACGUCAGUGGCGUCUCUGGCCAUGCUGCAGGAGCAGGUUUAACGGUACCUGGAGAUUACGGUAAAUUUCUUUGCCACAACUCGAAGCGGCGAGAGAACUUCGCAAAUCCCUCGGUUUAAUGAUAGCUACUCUCAUGGCCUUGAACAUGACAAAAAUAUCGCGUGACAUGGGUGCAGUCUACCUGCAGUUACAACUCUACAACUUUUCCACAGAUCCUCAAAAGAGCAGCAGUAGUGGUAGCUUCAGUUCAUGCAGUUAAUGCCGGUCCCUUCUGCCGGUAUCGAAACCUCCAAGGAGAGACGAGGAUGAGUCCGUUGACGUGUCUCUCAGAAGUAACCCUGUGAAUAUCUCUCUAACUAUUGCCCGAUCCUGAAUCGCAGCCAGGCUCCCGUCUCCCCUCGACAACAUCCGGUCGCCAUGGUUACCAUGGUGACUUGGGAGCUGCCGGGAAGCGUUUUGAAAAACAACCCGGGCGUCACCCCAGCGAUCAUAAGGGUAAAUCCUUCAAACAGUCCUUCCGCUGCAUUCUGGGAAAUCUGCUCCUUCACAAAUCACCUUUAAAAAUAAAUACGUACAUUUAAAAAAAAUGCCUUCCGACGCACCAACUGAAUAGACACAGGUCAUAUGCACUAUUUUCAAAGAGCAGGAAAGUCCAAAUUUCUAUCCGUACUUAUCCUCGUUAACACGGCGCAGCAUACUUUGCAUCUCUGGAGCAUGAGUGUUUGUGGGAGGUGCCCUGGCCAAGGCCCGCCCCUCUGUACGCCUUCGCUUCCUGAUUGGCUGGAGCGCAGAACCCCAGGGGGGCCGGUUGACCAAUAGAAGAGCAGUGUGAACAGGUAGAUUGUGAGUGCACCCUGUUUGUUCCUGCUUGUUUUCCAACAUGGGGUGUGGGACAGGGAUAAGAGUGACAUAGAAGGCGCCGCGCUGGCCAGCGGUUCGACCGGACGAAGGGAACAGCGAGCGAUGCGGAGCAGGACGGGAGGCUCUCUGUGACUUUGCAGCUUUACAUCGUCGUUGAACACUUUCUUUCUCAAGGAACACUGUGUCUUUGCACUAUGCUGUGUUUUGUGCGUCUUGUACUCAGAUAUGUCACCAUCUAUGCCUCACUAAUGUUUGAUCAAUUUUUUUUUUUACUUUGCUUUUCAAUUUUGCGUUUCGGCAACUUCGGACCACAUGGCCCUGCGUCCCGGGACAGUGUCGCCUUUGCGCGAGUCGGAAGCGAUGACACGCUUGUUGCGUUUUCUCCGCUGUUGGAUGUUCAAUAAGGAGUCGGAGACGGACUGCAGAGGACGCCCACGGACGGCGCGAACCGCACGUUGCGGAGACGUUCCUCUCGCCGCGCAGUUGUCUGCAGGCGUGCAGACAGGUCUCACGCGAGGCUUUGGGGUCAACGUGGGGCCAGUGAUCUCAUGCAAAGCGUAAGUUGAGCCCCUCAUGUCAAGACAUCACACGUUAUGUGCGAUCUAUGAUGCUGAAGAGUGACGUUGUGCACCAACACACUGUCACUAAAGUCUGGCAAGUUCUUUCAAAGGACUCACAUUAUUACCAUUGCUGUCAUUAUUAUAAUAAGGCCUGAAUCCAGCUCAGCUGUACACCAUUAAUGUGUCUGUGUGCUUCACAACUUUCUUUUACAUCAACAGAUGCCUUAUUGCUAUGCAUCACACAGUUCCUAGUGCAAAGGUAACCGUGCCCUCACCCUGAACCGUCUUAGAAAUUUUAAAUGUCAUUGAAGAAAAAACAUGUCUGCUUGAGCGUACAGUUGUGCAGAGCCAAUUUUUUUUAUAGUUCUUAUAUGUCUGAUUUUGUUCUAAUUUUUUUUUUUUUUACCUAAUGAGGCACACAAGAAAUAUUUCACAAGUGGAAACCUGUUUCGCUUCACCUUUAAAACGUGCGCUGCGACACCGUGGGCUCGAAUGUGCGUCUGAGCUCAAACACAAGGAUUCACGUAUUUUGGCUUAAUGGCAAAAGUGUGAUCUUUUUUAUCCUUGAAUUCCCCGCAGCACCCACAGAAUAAGUGAUUCAUCGCCGAAAGAAAUUAGCCCGAAGGACUCGGUUUGAGUGAAACAAGAAAUUUUCCAGUACCUGCACUUGCGUUCCGUUGCCUUUUCAGGCUAAGCUGCUGAUGGUGGAAGGCUUCCUUUUCCGUGUGUACGCCGAAGCUGCUGCGCACGCUUUUCGCACCAUGCCGAAGCACUGCAAGCACAUGGCCCCAUAGGAAUACACAGGAAGCGAUGUUCUUGUAGCAAUAUGGAGAGGGCGCCGUUCGCAGCCAUCUCACUCAUAACAUUCCUACAACACUGAUUUAAUGCUGUUGCCCAGGGCAACGUUUAAACAUUUCAUGUAAGCAACAAGAAUGUGGACUGACACUGAAUGGACCGGCAGUGUAAAUAUGCACAGAAUGUAUAUCAUGGACUGCAGUGACAAAGGGGUGUGUGUGUGUGUGUGUGAGAGUUGCAGGGUAGGGCAGAUGGAAUUGUUUCGUGGCUUCAUCGAAUCAAUAUUAGACCCAAAACUGCUCCCGAUGUUAACAACCUCUGUCGCUACUACUGCUUCUACCACAACGCUAAGUGAUGAGAACGAGGAGGAUACAAAUAAAGUCCGAUUCCUUGAAAUGCUCCUCCCCUCAUUUGUCUUAUUCGCGUUGGUUUCGUCUCAUUUGUUGGUUUAACGCGUGAUGCUGGACUGAUCGCACGGCUUUGCCAUCCGAGUGUUUUCCAGCUGCCAUACUGAUGCUGCAACAAUUUCAGUAUUGCUCCAGGGAAUGGCUACACCCCCCACCACCACCACCACCACCACCACCACUCCCACCCCUCGCUGAGGCCGCUGCCAAGAAUGUGCUGCUCUGCUACUAGGCGCCCGGGAUGACUAAUGGCACCGGGGUGCAGUACUGCUGUAAUUCUCCUCUGGAACGGAGCCCGAAUCUGCAGCACUUCAGCCGCCGUCGGUCAGCAACUGCGCGACUUGUGUCGGUGUCAGUCAAGGUCACUCCAGAAUGUUCCUGAUCUCAGCUCGUAAGCAGAGGAAAAGUUUGCCAGAGCAGGACGGUUCUGUUUCUAUGGAUGAGUCCCUUCUUCCUGAUGCAGAAAGGGAUACCCAGGGCUGUUAGUAAAAACAGGGUACACGUGUGUACCUUUCAGCGCAUCUAUGUUGACGCAUGCUGUAUGGUAGAUCUAGCACCCGAUCGCACGUCCGAGCCGGAAUGGAACGGACAAACCUCUCUGCCUCGAUUCUCAUGAAAUGAAAACCUGCCGCACGCAACAGCUUAUGACAAUAUACACCUGUUCUCAUGCAAUGAGUUUAUUAUUAGCAGGGGUGCGGUGGCACAAGGGGUU